GAACAGGGGGGACUUGAGCCAGACUGGGAGCACCCCAGCCAGCAGAGACGCGCCCCUGAAAAGCGUCGGCCACUCGGUGUGCAGCCCCGCCAGCAGCCUGAUCAACAGACACCCCGGCAGCGCCAAGCCUCCUGCUAUCUCCAUGAAGGAUCAGGACGCGAUCAAGCUGUUCAUCGGGCAGAUCCCGAGGAGCCUGGAGGAGAAGGAGCUCAAGCCUCUGUUUGAAGAGUUCGGGAAAAUCUAUGAGCUGACCGUCCUGAAGGACAGAUACACCGGCGUGCACAAAGGAUGUGCCUUCCUCACGUAUUGUUCGAGGGAAUCGGCGUUGAAGGCACAGACUGCGCUACACGAGCAGAAGACGCUGCCUGGGAUGAGCCGACCUAUCCAGGUGAAGCCAGCGGACAGUGAGGGACGAGGAGACGACAGGAAGCUGUUUGUUGGGAUGUUGGGGAAGCAGCAGACGGAUGACGAUGUCCGGAAAAUGUUUGAGUCCUACGGGACAAUCGAGGAGUGUACGAUCCUGCGAGGGGCUGACGGGACCAGUAAAGGCUGCGCCUUUGUGAAGUUCCAGCUGCAUCUCGAAGCACAGGCUGCGAUCGACGCUCUGCAUGGAAGCCAGACCUUACAGGGGGCCUCUUCGAGCCUGGUGGUGAAGUUUGCUGACACUGACAGGGAGAGGACCCUCCGCCGGAUGCAGCAGGUUGCUGGUCAGCUGGGAAUGUUCAGCCCGAUGGCGGUGCAGUUGGGAACCUACACUGCUUACACUCAGGUGGUAUUGGAUCAGCUGAUGCAACAACAAGCUGCUCUGAUGGCUGCAGCACACAGCACCUACCUGAACCCCAUGGCCACGGCUAUACAAAUGCAGCAGCUCCCGAACAUCAGUCCCGGCAGUCUGCUCACCACCCCACUCACGUCUGCAUCAGGUAGCAGCACCCCUCCGGUUCUGCCCAGUGCCACGGUACCUGCCAUCGGACCCCCACCCCUGACUGUGAAUGGGUACAGUCAGAUCACACCACAGUCAAACGGGCAGACUACAGCCGAACCCAUCUACACCAACGGGGUGCACUCAUACACAGCCCCUGGCCCAGCCCCUGCAGUGAGCAGCAUGGACCCCCUCCAACAGGCUUACACAGGGAUGCAGCACUACACCGCAGCCUACCCAGCCACAUACGGGAUGGUCAGCCCAGCGUUUCCACAGCCUCCAGCCCUCAUCCCACAGCAGCAACGAGAAGGGCCUGAGGGCUGCAACAUCUUCAUCUACCACCUACCGCAGGAAUUCACCGACCUGGAGCUGCUGCAGAUGUUCCUGCCCUUCGGUAAUGUCAUCUCCGCCAAAGUGUUCAUCGACCGAGCAACCAAUCAGAGUAAAUGUUUCGGUUUUGUCAGCUUCGAUCACCCAGCUAGUGCACAGGCUUCCAUCCAGGCCAUGAACGGCUUCCAGAUCGGAACAAAGAGGUUAAAGGUCCAGCUGAAGAGACCGAAAGACGCCAACAGGCCCUACUAGGCCCGGCAGGCUCAUUGCUGGAAGGAGAUGUCAGACUGUUUCCUCUCUCCCCUCCCCCCCCCCCCCCCCCCCCGUUUUCUCCCCCGAAUCUAUCUCCCAGCCCAGUCCGUCUCCGGCCAGCUCUUCAGGAGGGACACCUCGCAACCGGACACCGUUCCCAAUUUCCUGGCCUGGUCUCUACCGCUGGGAUAUGACCUGGGUAUCUCAAUCGACGGAUUGUUG